AUGAAGAAAGAUGAAGGAUGUGGUGGUGAAGUGGAGGAACUGAAGAUGUGGACACAAUCUCAUCACCUGUCGUGGCGAGAGAGUGGUCAGUCCCCUCUCAAGCUGAACAUUCACAUCCUGAGCUUCUUCGGACAGUGGACCUUGAGUAGGUCCUGGCCGUACCGAGCCUACACCGUUCUCAGCUUGGUGUCCAUAGCGGUCUCGUUGACCAUGAGCGUCGUGGGCACGUGCCUCCUGGAGGGCUUGGAAGAAGUCACCUCCGCCCUGACGGCAUUCCUACCGAUGGUCACCGGCUUGGCGAAGGCGCUGCUCCUCCUGUGCUACCAGCCAGACUUCAACCGGCUCGUUCGUCGCCUCGACGCUUUGAUCCUGGAACAGGGAGGGUCCUGGGCUCAGAUGAAGUCCGUACGUGCCUUCGAGGAGGCCCACAGGAAGACACUGGUGAUGACAGUGCUGGUGAACCUCUACUUUGUGGUGGUGAGCGUCUACUGGCCGAUGGUGCCGCUACUGGAGGACUCUGAGACCAGGAGACUGCCCUUCGUCCAGCUUCCUUGGAUGAAGGCUGCGGACGCCUUUCACUACUGGUUUGUGUUCUUCCUGCAGACCUACACGACGGAAGCCGCUGGCCUCAUCACGGUAAACGUCGAGCUGUACUUCUUAGGGGUGAUGAGCCACAUCUCUGCCCAGUUUGAGAUACUAAGCUCUCGCCUGACCAGACUGCCUCGCAGCAGCGACUACAGGGAGGCUUCUUUCGAUGGGCGAGAACCAGUUGUCAAAAGGUCUCCAGACAUACAUGAGGAGUUGUGCAGCUGCAUCAAGACACAUCAGAAGUUACUGAGGGGACAGUUAUGGUGUCGCAGUACAGAGAGCUCUGCUUUCAGGUUCAUCGAGACGCUGGAUGACCUGAUGAGUCCAUUCGCCAUGGCACAGUUUGCAGUUGGCACACUGUCUGUAUGUGUGGUGCUCUUCCAGGUCAUGCAUAGCCAGCUGGUCAGCUCGAAGCUGAAGUGCGCGGGCUGGCUGCCUGGCCUGGGACUGGAGCUGUUCAUCUACUGCUGGGGAGGCCACCAGGUAGCCGAGCAGGGCGAGGCGGUGGCACUGGCCGCGUACAGCGCCCCCUGGUACGAGGCGGGCCUCGACAGCCAGCGCGCUGUGCACCUGAUGAUGUGUCGAGCGCAGAAACCACCGGAGCUGACAGCGGGGCACCUCUACACGGUCAACAGGGCUGCCUUCGUGUCGAUGCAGGUGCAGCCGGAUGGCGCGCAGCGCCGUCAGAGCGGCGUGGGGUUCCGUUUACCGCCGCCCCCUCCACUGCCCCGCGAGAACAGCAGACGGCCAGUUGCCAGUGCGGCGUCGGCCGCUGCCGCCUCCACACGGGACAGGUCGGCUGACGCGGCGCGCCUGCAGUCGUGA